AUGUCAUCAUUUUUAGAUGACUUGGGGCCGGAAGCGGUUUCGCAUCGUCAGGAGGUUGAGGAGGUGAAGAGGCAAAUUGGCAUCACUCACUCCUACUUUGACUGCUGGGUCUAUGGAUUCUUAGAAAAUAAAAAAUUUAAUGUGCAAGAGACCGUAAGCAAAUUACAGCGUCGUUUUGAUAUGGAGAUUAAUGAACUGGCCACUUAUGAUAUCACAGAUUCCAUGCGGCAGUCCCUUCGCUCUGGUAUCAUUCAAGUCAUUGGUGUAGACAAAUUGGGCCGAACGGCAUUUUAUGUUACCACAAGACGAGAUAAACCCACAGCGGCAAAGCGUGAAGAAAGCAAACGUACAUUUGAUAUGAUGGUGAGCUAUGGAACUCGACUGCGUGAGGAUAAUAAACGUUGUCAAAUGGUGAUGCUUAUUAAUCAAGAAAAGGCAAGUAUGUGGAGUAAUGUGGAUAUGAAAUUUCAAGCAGAUAUUGCCCUUCGUAUCGCCAAGUUUUAUCCUGGAGCUGUGGAUAAAAUGUAUAUUUGUAAUAUGAAUCGUACACUUGCGGCAAUGGCAAAGCCUGUAUUUUCACAACUCCCACCGAUUGUAUCGGAACGUAUUAUUAUUAUUUCUGAGAGUGAUAAGAACUCUGGAAAGUUAUUUGAAUACUUUGACCCUAGUGUUCUUCCUGUAGAACUGGGUGGAAACAAUGAAUGUGAUAAUCAAGAACACUGGACUCAACACGCCACUCUCAUUGAAGAAUAUUAUGAACAACUCAAACAUGCCGUACAGGAUCGUGGUCUUUCUGUGAAGGAAUGGGAAUUGGAGUGUAUUCGUCCACAGCGUAAACCAAGUAGACUCAUCUCACAACACUCAGAGACACUAAUCUCUACACCACUAAAGACGUGUUACUCGGAUUCUACACAUAGUGAUGCGUCUGAGGAAGAUGAAUCUUACAAUGAUCCUGAACUGGAGGAAUAUAUAAAUCAGUGGAGGACAGUGGUGAAUACAUUUCCACGAAGUCUUGCUGUGUUUUUUCUUGAAGAACUGCAACGCUGGCGACUUGCUGUAGAAAAUGAAGAAAGAGUGGCAUGGUAUGCUUUAUUAGAUGAGUACAUCUCAGUACGAAAAACAAUGGAUAUGACGCUAUUAGAUGUAAACCUUGAAGAUAAAAGGUGGUAUAUUAAUGUACCUCAACCACUCCGCCCACUCUAUCGAUUAUGUCUUAUUAAUAUUACAAUAUUGAAUGCCAUUUACUUUAUAGGAGCCCUUAUAUUUCUUGUAGUGCUUGUAGGUUGUAUUCUUGUGACACUUUUUUUUGGUUUUUUUGUACAGUGGAAUUAUGUCUUUCCACUAGGAGCAACUCUCAUGACAGCAGCUGUUCAAGGGGCUACAUUAUGUUCACGGGCAUUAGAUAUGGUUGUCGCUAUAGUUUCCAGAAAAGUCAUUCCUCCAUUUGAAUAUAUUGGUUCACAUUGGGCUAGUACAGUACAAAUUGGACUUUUUAUGGUAUUGGUAUGCAUACAGUUUAUUGUUUUUUGUAUUUAUGCUGUGCACGAAUCUCCAUUAUAUGGACUUAAGGUAUCUUUUGCCACUGGUUGGUUAAGUGCUGUUUUUAUAAUAGCCUUUUACCACGUAUUUUCUUUCUUGUUCGAUUGUUUCAACACAAGAAAACUAUGGAGAAGGGAAAGGAAGACUAUAUCCUUUCCAAUUUUUAUUCUAUUAAACGUCAAUAAUGAGGAUGAUCAUAUGGAUGGAUUUUAUACCAUACGUACUUCUUCAUGCAUUAUUUGUGGUAUUCCUUUACUUCUUAGUAUGUUACUUGGUACAGGAUUUCUUAUUAGUCGUAUUGUUGGUUUCGCCGUAGCCACAUGUUGUGCCUCUAUCGUAGCUGCUUUUACUGUUAAUUACUACUCUGAAGUGAUAUCUAAUGCAUUAACCGCCAAUCUAUUACGUUUUACUUUAUGGAUUGCCUGUAUGAUAUGGAUAUUUGACUGUUAUGCCUUUGGAUUUAUGAACUAUAGUAAUGUAUGGUCUGUUUCUGUCAUUUUGUCCUCUUUAUUAACGGCAGCAUUAUUUUUUCUUACAUUAAGUUGCCUAAAAAAAGAUGAAUCCAAUUUACUUCUCCGUAUAUCCGUAUUAUUACUUUUCCUAUUUCUUAUCGGUUGCUGGAUAUCAAGUUUUAUUCUAAUUGGUUGGAAGAUUGGUGUAUUUUGUUUUGCUCUUCUAGCUCAUAUUAGCAUCUCCUCCUUUUGCAGUCAAUCGGAAUUAACAAAUAUGGGUGGUUUAUUUCUUGUCUCUGUCUCUGUGUUUCUACUCUUAAUGUCGUGUACACUCCUUGGCUGGUAUGGCACUAGUCCACGUAUUACUGUUCCACGUAGUAUUCCACGCAUUAUUCCAGAUAUACCACCUACUCCACUGGAGGAAUAUCAUCAAUACCCUGUUUGUAGUUUACGUACAAGUGGUGGGUUUAACAUUACAGACUUUGCGCUUCUUACAACACUUGUGAAUGCUGCUGGUUCAUCUGCCUUUCUGGAGGACUUUACGAAUUGGUUUGGUUCUACAGAUGUAACGUACACGGGAGUAGUGCUGGAACUGGAUUCAGAAGGAGACCCGUGGUAUAUUCACCAAUUUGAUUCCAUCCAACAUAAUAUUACGGUACUUACUCUACAUAAUAAGUAUGCCUUUUCUUCUAUUAUGACUUUAACGGCGUGGAUAGGAUCUAUUGCUAUUUCCCCAUUGGGUAUAUUUCUUCCAACAGAAUGGAUUACCACAAUUGUAUAUGUUAUUUCAUUUAUCACACGUAUGAUAGAUUUUUCAUGGAUUAACAUGCAUGAAGAAGUAACAGAUUACUUAAAUACUUUUAAACUUACAGCAACAAGAGAAGUAGUAUUGACAGGAAGUGGUAUUGCUGGUGGAAUUGCCUCUAUGGCAGGGGCACUUUCACAGACGCAAACAAUUGUUUUUGCUUCUCCUGGUUUACUGCAUAUAAUGCGCUCUAUUGGAGUGGAAAAGGAAUAUUAUCACAGUUAUGUGCUUGCUGUGGGUGCGGAUAAUGGUGUCCUUGAUGAUGUUGGUGGACAAGAUGAUACAGUAAAACAAAAGUUGAACUGUGAUGCCAAUUCAAUAACUUGUUUCUCUAUGGAUUAUAUAUCGACUGAGCUCCUGAAAAGCUGUGAUACUUUGGGAAGGGGGACUACACAUAUGAUAUCGUUGUAG